AUGUCGCAUCUUCAACAGCAGCUGAAGAGCUUCAACGCUGGUGUUAUGGACUAUGCAGCCCGAAUGCCCCAACAGCGUCGUUUCGUGCACAACGCCAACAACACUUCAGCGAGCAGUUCCCAGCUUCCCUCUUCUACGUCUACACCUACUCCAAGCGACGAUGCGAGACGCAAACGGCACGAUGCGGAUAUCGUUUACUCGCAGCCUGCCAAUACCGGCACAGGAAAGGAUAUCAUGACGCAAGUUGUCUUUGCCAUCGAGCACAUGAAGUCCAAGGGAGUCCCGCUCAAGUUUGCCGAUAUCGUCUCCUACUUGUCCCUUCAACAUCGGGCCAACGACCAAGGCUAUGUUCAAGCACUGCGGAGCAUUCUGCAGAUGCACGAGAAGGUCCAGUACGAUCCCAGCGGCGCAAACGGCGAAGGCACUUUCAGCUUCCGUCCCCCGCACAACAUCCGUACUGCCGAACAGCUCCUCCAGAAACUUCAGUCCCAGUCGACUGGUGCGGGAAUGAGUGUGCGCGAGCUCCGGGAAGGUUGGCCCAACGUGGAGGACACGAUCAAUAAGCUCGAAAAGGAAGGCAAGCUGCUGGUCACUCGGAACAAGAAGGACGAUCAUGCCAAGAUGGUUUGGGCCAAUGAUCCAUCCUUGAUUCAGCACUUUGAUCCUGAGUUCCGUCAGAUCUGGGAGAAGAUCAAGGUUCCUGAUCAGCAGGCUGUUAAGGAAGAGCUGGAAAAGGCGGGUAUUUUACCUACCAACAAGAACAAGGUUGUCAAGGCCCGGCCGAAGAUUGAGAACAAGAAGGUGAAGAAGCCACGGCGGAGUGGGAAGACCACCAACACUCACAUGAUGGGCGUUUUGAGAGAUUAUUCGCACCUCAAACGGUAG